AUGUCGACAUCGCAUCGGCCAGAAAACUUGUUGACGACGAUGAAGUGUCUCGCGAUUCUUGAUAGUCCACACGACACAAACAAUGACAUAGAAGGAGAGGCAACUAAAACACAAUUGCAUGAUUGCAUAGGUAAAGUUUCGGCCAUCAUCAUCCCACCCUGUAUUGAAAUACAUGAUGGGACUGAAUUCAUCUGGUCAGGGCUAGACUGUUAUGGUAAUGAGUACAGACUACAGGAGUGCUAUGUACCCAACACUGGAUGGGAAUUGACCAGUCAUUGUCAACGUAUCGGUGGUGCUGAGUGUGCUCUCUCUCAAGCUCUCCUCCGUGAAAAUGGCGACGUUAAACUCGUUCCCGAUGGAGACUCCUACAGUGGAACUGUUGCCGUCUUUUACCGAGGAGUUUGGGGCAAAGUUUGUCCUGAUGACUGGUCAUGGUCCCUGGCAAACACAGUUUGUAUUCAGCUGGGAUAUUAUGGCGCCAUCGAAGCUACUCAAAACCUUCCUGAUACGGACGAUGCACUGGACUAUCAUAUACAUUCACUACAAUGCAGUGAGUUUGAAAGUCAUCUAAAAUACUGUGAUCUAGACUAUGCCUGGGAAGAUGAAGUAGAGUGUGACUUGGACAGCCAUCUAGCAGCGGGUGUAAUCUGUACUCAUCAAUACCAAGACGUACCCUCAUAUGGAAAGCCGAGGUUAGUUGAUGGUCCAGACGCUGGUCAUGUUGAAGUGUUCCUGACUGAGUCUUGGGGAUUGGUCUGUGGUAAUUCUUGGUCCUAUGACAAUGCUAGAGUAAUUUGCAUCCAUCUUGGAUAUCGUGCGGUCCUCACCACCUCUUCAAUACCGUUGAACGAGUCCCUAUCACGUGAUAUAGUGAUGAGUAGUGUUCAUUGUGACGGCAUGGAGUCCUAUCUAAUAGACUGCCCUGCAUCCUAUGUGGAUAAUACAAACUGCCAAUCAAUGGCUUAUGUGGAGUGUACUACAGAGUCUGAUGAGCUUGCAAUGCAGGAGGAUAUUAUUAUUCGACUCUCUGAUGGUGGAUCUCCUCGAGAGGGUCGAGUUGAGGUAUUCAUCUUUGGACGAUGGGGUUCAUUAUGUGAUGAUUUCUGGAAUGAUGAAGAUGCAGCCGUUGUCUGUAGACAUCUUGGACAUACAGAUGGGAUACAUAGAGCUGUUUGGGGAGGAUCGUACGGUUCUUCGUCUGCUGGGAUGGUACCCGGUCAUCCUAUUUGUGGAGGGUGGGAGUCGACACUAGAUGAGUGUUAUAUUCAAACCUCCUUCCAGCAAUGCUACAACUCUGAUGUUGGUGUCAACUGUGAUUCAGGGAGGGUGUUCACAAUCAUCAUCCUCGUGGUGGGGGUUGUUGCAGUAUUACUAGCUAUUCUCAUCAUAUCAUGUCUUUGCUACUGUUGUAUCUGCAAAAAGACGGUAGUACCUCCUGUAACAUCUGGAGCGGCGGUGGUACCCGGUGUUGCUAUGUCAGAGAAUGCUCCACUUCCCCUCCCUCCGGUGAUGGCAGACAUGGUUCCUAUACCAAACCUAGAGUAUGGUACAUUACCAUCCAUGGACGAUCUUACAUUACCCCCGGGUAAAGCCCCUAAACCACCCCAGGUCGUAUACGUGCCCUCACCCAACUAUUAAUGACUAAAAACAAUUAAUUCGGCAACUUUUCCCACGGUUAUUGAAGACAUGGAUAGUCAUGGAAAAAAAUAAUCCUUCUAAUAGUAUGGUUCUGUAAAGUCAUAGAAAAAGAUUAAAAAAAGAAGAAAAACCUCCCAAAGUACAUGGGAAUUGGUUUUUGAGCCGUGUUUGGCUAUGGCAGGCUUCCAUUUUAAACUGACAAUGUGUGUGGUAUUCGUACCGCCGCUUGAAAUGCUGAAACCCGUACCAAAAUGGUACUUAUCUGGUCACAGAACAAGAAAGUCUUGGAAUUAUGUUCUCAAAUUCCUAUGGGAAUUAACCCUCUAAUAGUAUGGUUUGAAAUAUUUGUUCAACUUUACAGGUGCAGCUGCAUAGCUAGCGUAGGCCAAUUGAGGCACUAUUCUCCAGUGGACUUUACAAUAACUGAAUAUAGAUGUAUUCUAACCGAUAUCAUGAUGUCAUCUUCUCCAUCUUUUACUCCCCUUUUCA